AUGUCCAAGGUUGAAGAAGGUUCUAGGCAAGGUAAUCUUGAUGGUCCAGCUGCAGAUGAUAAAGUAGCUGAAGCUAUAAAGAGAGCGCAAAAAAUUGCAGCGCGUAUUAGCGAUGUCGGAGGUUCUGCUGAAGGUGAUUCGACAAGAAAAAGGCCAUUAGAUACUCAGGGUACCACAAUUGUAACAAGAAUAGAUGACAUUAAAACUAUUGGAGGCGCCAACGAACCGCCAUCCAAAAGAGCAGCUCCAUCGGAAGCUACUGCAGCGGCUAUUGAUAGAGCUCAAGCUGUUGCGGCUAGUAUAGCUGCAAGAUCGGGUUUAAAUUCAAUUGUUGUGGAAGAAAUCAAGAUUCCGAAUAAAAUGACAGGAUUAGUUAUCGGUAAAGGUGGUGAUUCCAUUAAUAAAUUGCAAGCGGAAUCUGGAGCAAAGAUUCAAGUUCAACCAGAUGCUGAUGCACAAGGAAAACCAGAAAGGAUUGUUACCAUAACUGGAUCUGCUGUGAAUGUUGAUCAAGCAAAAUAUUUAAUAGAUCAAAUGGUUAAUGAAGGGCCAGCGGCAAUGCCGGGAAAUGCUGCACCAUUAGGUGCAAUACCACCAGCUCAAAAUGAGAUAACCGAAGAGAUUUUAGUUCCAGCAAAUAAAGUAGGACUUGUAAUUGGCAAAGGAGGUGAAAUGAUUAGGAGCUUUCAGGAACGAACACAAACACGCAUGGUAAUGGUCCAGGAAUCAUCUCAUAUUACUGGACGUGAUAAGCCUCUUAGAAUCGGUGGAGAUCCACAACGAGUUAAGCCGAUGAAACCAGGUGGCGACUUUCGUAAUCAAUCUACUAAUGAUUAUGGUACUCCUGUUCACAAACAAAUGGGUGGAAUGGGAAUGCUAGAGGUACCUGUACCUCGUGACGUUGUCGGCGUCGUAAUCGGUAGAGGAGGCGAAACUAUUAAGCGUAUACAAAUGGAAACUGGUACUAAAAUACAGUUUAAGGAAGACUCAAAUCCAAAUCUACCAGACCGCAUUGCCAUGUUAACUGGUAAUGAUGACUCUGUGCAACGUGCGAAUAAAAUGAUUAGUGAUCUAAUAAUGGAGAAACGAAGACAAGGCCCACCUGGAGGACAAGGUGGUAUGAUGGGCGGCCAAGGUGGAAGUGCGGAAGUUGUUAUCCCAGCGAACAAAUGUGGAUUAGUGAUUGGAAAAGGCGGCGAAACGAUAAGACAAAUUAUCCAACAAUCGGGAGCCCACGUUGAGUUAAAUCGUAACACUCCACAAGAAUCUCCCACUCGAAUCUUUGUAGUCCGAGGUGGACCGCAACAAAUUCAGCAUGCACAAAUGAUAAUAAAGCAAAAGAUUGGAGAAGAGAUGGGUGGAGCAGGCAUGCAACCUGGAGGGCCUGCUGGCGGCUAUCCUAUGCCAGGUCAACAAAUGGCCUAUUCCAUGCAACAAGGUCAAAAUUUUCCAAAUCAGCAAAAUUACACAUCUUCACAGCAGCAACAACAACAACAACAACAAUCUUAUCAGGGAUAUACAUCACAGCAAUCUCAGAUGCCCCAACAGCCUAUCGCUGGUACAGCUACUCAAGCUGCAGGUCAAACAGGUCAAGAUCAGAGUGCUUGGGCAAAUUAUUACCAAAACUUCUAUAAUCAACCAACCGGAACAACUGCAGCCGCUGGUCAAAUGGCAACUGCAAAUCCUGGCCAGGCAACUGCAGCAACAACUCAACAAGCAGCUCAACCGCAACAAGCUGGUAGCCAGCCAGAUUAUACCCAAGCUUGGAUCGAAUAUUACCGUCAACAAGGUUUAAGUUACAACCCAAGUACAGGUACAUUAACGCAAUUAAAUGCAGGUGGUCAAGCAGUUGGGAAUCCGCAAGCAAUGCAACCUGGACAAAUGCACAUGAAUCCUACCCAAUAA